UAUGGGGUGGGGUGAUAUGAGAGAAACCAGUGAUAUAUUAGUAACUGGCUCUCCAACAAAACAAAGUACCCUGUUUUUAGUGUUUGCUGAUUUCCACAGUGUAAAUACUCUCACCAUAGCCAAUUUCAAGCUCUCAAUGGUACCAGGAACUGACAUGCGAAAUUCCUAAAUAUUGGUUCUUCUGAGCUGGUAGGAGCCAGUUCCAGCACACUACUGCAAGAAACUCAAGCCUCCUCUAAGGUUGGAAUUCUGGUAAGACCUUCCUCACAUAAGAUUGGGACUUCAGUGAAUGAAUAAACCAGAUAGAAGCACCACCAUAUCCCAACAGACUGAAAAGAAAAAUGCCCAUCUUAAUUUCCCUUUUCUCAGGAGAAAAUAAAAUAGCCCCUGCAAAUUCACAAUAUAAGCCAUACGUAUGUCAUUUGAAGCCCAAAUUCACACUACUUAGGUGGUGUGAAAAAUUUCAGUCCAGCAUUUAACUUAAAUUGGGCCCAGUCUGGUUAACACCAUAAGCACCUGGCAAAUCAAACACAAACUCUCUUGGAAAAACCCACCUUCACCCCAGGCCUCAAGAAUUCCCACAGAGAAAGCUCCAAAGAAAUAGUAGCUCCUAGUUGAAGAUCACAAAACACUCAAGGGAACAACAGAUGGUGGAAACAAGUCUACGCUGACUUCAGAUAUUGGAAUUAUCAAAUAGUAUAAAAUAACUAUGUUUAAAAUGCUGAAAGAGUAGAAGAGAAGCUUAAAAAUUUGAACAGGGAACAAGAUACUCUGAAGAAGGACCAAGUAUAUUUGAACAAGAAAUAGAAUGUCCCUCUAGAAAUUUAAGAUAUUGUAACUAAAUCUACAAAUUCAAUGGUUGUGUUUAAUAGAAGAUUAGAUACAAUUGAAUAUAUCAGACACAAUAAAAUUAGAAGUGGAAGAUAGACCUGAAGAAAUUCUCUAAAAGGCAGCACAGAAAAAUAAAAAGAUGGAAUAUAUGAAAGAAUAGUUAAAAGACAUGGAGGAUAGAGUGAGAUGGUCCAAAAUACAUAUAAUCAGGUUUCAGAAGGAGAGGAGAGAGAUUAUGGGACAGAAGUAAUAUUUGAAUAGUUAGUGGCUGAGACUCAUCCAGAAAUCCAUCAAUUCAUGCAAUCAAGAAUCUUGGUAAAUCCUCAAAAGAAUAAAUAAAAAGAAAUCCACAAGUAGACAUAUCAUAGUGAAGCAGAUUACCAAAGACAGAGAAAGUCUUAAGGUCAGAUUAUUUUCAAAGUAGUGACAAUUAGACUAAAACAGCUGAUUUCUUAAUAGCUAGAAGAUAGCAGAAUUAUAUUUUCAAUGUGCUGAGAGAAAAUGACUGUCAACCAAGAAUUCUAAAACUAGUGAAAAGAUAUUUUAAGAAUAAGAAAAAAUAAUGACAUGAUGUGACAUUAUUUGCCACCAGCAGGCAGAAAGAAAGUGAUUCCAGAUGGAGGGAAUUAAAGACAAGAAGGAUUGCAGAGCAAAGAAAGUGGUAUCUAUAUGAGUAAAAACAAAUAUUGUAUAAACAGUACUAACAAUGUCUUGUAAGCUUAAAAAAAGAUAAAAUUCAAAUACAUAAAAGUAAUAUAUAAGCUAAAAGAGGGGUGACUAGAAUUAGUUCUAAUGUCCUUGCUUUAUUUAAGAAAAAAUAGAAGAUACUGGUUAACUUCAGACAGGCAAAAUAAGCAUAUUAAAGUUUCCAGUAUAACCUCUAAGAGUAGCAAAAAAAAAAAAAAAAAGGUAUAAUUUGCAAACUAGUAAAGGAGAAAAAUGGAAUAAGAUAAACUAAUCAAGAAAACAAAGAAUAGAAAAAUUGAGAAAAGGCAGGAAAAAUACAAAUUAAUAAGGUAAAGUACAUAUACGUACACACAUAAACAUAUAUAUAAAUGUAUGUGUGUGUAUGUAUCAGUAUUUCAAUAAAUGUACAUGGACUAAAUGCUUCAGUUAGAAGAAAAAGAUUGCCAAACUAGACAAAGCAAAUGAAUCCACCUAUAAGCUGUUCAUAGAGGCGUAUCUAAAACAUAAUACAGAAAGAUUGAAAGUAAAAGGAUGAAAAAAAUCUGCCAAAUACUAAGCAAAGGAAGAUUGAUAUAUCUAUAUUAAUUUUAGUCAAAAUAGACUUUGACAAAAAAAAGCAUUAUGAGAGACAAAAGGGUCACUUCAUAAUGAUUAAAAAGUCCAAUUCAUCAGUAAGAUGGAAUAAUCUUACAUUUAUAUGCACUUAAUAACAUAACUUCAAAAUAAAGCAAAAAGAAAAAUCAAGGAAACCAAAAUAAAAACAAAUUCACAAUGCAGUGGGAGAUGUUAACACACCUCUCUCAGUAACUGAUACAUCAAGCAAACAAUCAGUAAGAAUUAGGAAAGUGGGGUCCAUAGAGGGGAAGUGACAGAUGUUCCUUCAUCCUUGCACAAACAUUGAGUGCCUGGAUGUCCCAGAUACCACAAUUACAUGCUUUGCCAGAAAGAAAAAAUGCUUUUAGUACUUUUAUGAGUGAGAAUUUUAGUACCAUUUUAUAAAUUGGGAGGCUGAGAGACAUGGAGAAGUUAAAUAAUUUGGGUAAGAUGCUCUUCCUCAGAAAUCUUUAAUGUCAAAUCCUACUGCCUUACACAGCCUUUGACCUUCCUACUUGUGGACAACCUUAAUCCCCUUAUAUCUCCUCCUGGACUUUAACUUCCUGGAGACCUCUGGUCCAGUCUUUUUAGCCCCUCUCAUCACUCUUCCUUCUUUCCCAGCCUGACCUCUGGAGGGUCAUUUGAAUCCCUCCCUCCUCAGUAUCCCUGAUUCCCUUGCAUCCCUAUCCUCUUGGGCUCAGCCCAUCCUUGUAUCAUGCCUGUAGCCCACCUUCUCUGCUCCUGAGACUGGCUAGCUUGCUGAGCCCUGCUGGAGAAAGAUGCCCAUCUCUACAAAUUCUCCCAGUUCCUGGAUCCCAGUCUCCCCACUAAUUCUGGGAUCUUGCUCCAUCAGCUUUACUCACCCCCAUAUCUAUAAGACCUCAUUCUCUUGGCUCUUUCUCCUUAGCCUAACAACUUGCUCAAGUCUCUUCCAUUCUAAAAAGGAUCCUCUCCUCCCCUUUCCGGCCACCAUGUAACCACUUUGCUCCUCUCCACAUCCAAGUCUCUCCAAAGAGUAAUUAACAAUGUGUCCACUUCCUCAUUCUUUGUAAGCUGGCUUCAGCCCCCAUCACCCCACUGAAACUUCUCUUUCUAAAACUACCAAGAAUCUACUAAUUACCAAGUCCAAGAGAUAUUUUUCAUUCUUGUUAGAACCUGGGCUCCCCAGGCCUCAAUAGCCUUAGGAUACAAAUGGACCUACAUGAAUAAAAAUGAAACAAUAAGCACCAAAUUUCACCCAUUCUUUGCAUCUACCUGCUGAGGUAGGUGAGGAGACCGUCUGGUCCACCCACGUAUUUCUGAGAGUCCACGGGCCAUUGCUCCUAUUGACUCACAAAUAGCCUGAUUCAGUAGGGCAUGUCCGUGGCUCUACCUUUUCCUGCUUUGGUUGAGGCAAAGAGCCCUGUGGAGGGGGAAAUGCUUCUCUUUGCUUUAUGAGUUCCCAAAGCAGAUUUGUUUGCUCCUUGAAAUCCUACAUUUUUUUCUUUGCACUAUUUCCCUUGGUAGGACUCAGACGAGUCCAGUGGGCCAAAUUAGGUGUUGAAUCUGAAUGCAGACUCAGAAGUGAGUUCAAAUUCUUCAUCCUCCCACUCCCCCUGCUUGCCCUAAGCACUAAGGUGUUUCCUGUGGGUCAAGUUCAUACACUUGAGUUCUUCCUGCAGUGAAGCAGGCCCUGCUGCUUGGCUACUCAAUGGCUAUUCCCCCUUCCUUUUGCCUAACAGCCCCUGACCUUAUUCAGGUACCUACUUUCCUCUGAGAACUACUUUAGGAAAGUAGUUCCAGGCCUAGCCCCAAGGGGAGAGUCACCAUUAGUCUAUCGUCAUCAAAGUAGUCUCAGGCCCCCCAGCUAGUGAUUGUUUUAAGCAUGGACUUCUUCUAAAUGUCCCAUUUCCAUGAGGCUGAAAAACUGAGGCUCAAGGUCACUAAGUUCAAACCGUGUCUUCAGGGUAAAAGCUGAUUUCAUUGCUUAGAAUCCACUGCCCUCUCAAUUCUAGCUUUUGUUUCUUUCUGGCCUGAGUAUUCCUUACUUCAUUGCCAGCCAGGAUGGGUUUUCACACAAAAUUGCACUCUUUCCUGGCUUCUUCCUCUUCCCCUAUUAUCCUGCUUCCCCUUCUCCCUAACUGGUUUCUCCUGGGAACAUUUCUUUACUAAAUCAUCUUUACUGAAUCUUCAUCUCAGAAUUUGCUUCUGGGAGAACCUGACCUAUAGCAUGGAUUACUUUAAGAAUCUGAUGAAAGUUAUGGGCCUUGUCUCCAGAAAAAUACACAUACACGCAUUCAAAAUGUUAUGCCUUUUUGCUCCCCCAAAGCCAUCCAUGGACCCAAGAUUAAGAACUCUGGAUAAAAUGAUCUUUGGGGCCCCUCCAUAGCUAACUUUGCUGUGUCUCUGGGUGGGUUUGAGGAGCUUAGCUUUGAGUUUCUGAAUUGAGGCUUUCAGGAGUGUGGGAUCCAACAUCCCUUUAGUGGAUUUCUUUUCUGUCAGAUUCUUAGUUGAGAGUUUCUGUUGCUCUCACUAAAAAAAAAUUUUUUUUUGCCACACCACACAGCUUGCGGGAUUUUUAGUUCCCCGACCAGGGAUUGAACCUGGGCCCUUGGUAGUAGGAGUGCCUCCGCACCACUGGAGCGCCAGGGGAAUUCCCUCAACUAAGAACCUUGAUAGAGACACUGCCACAUGCUGCAUCUUCCAGCACCUCCUGACUCUUCAUUGUCCCCACCACACCAUGCGGGUUUUACUAAUGCUAUCUUCUCUGCCCAGAGUGCCCUUCCUCUUCCUUUUUGUCCAAUUGCCAUUCAUUUUUAUACUCAGCUCUGACACCACCUCCUCCAGGAAGACUUCCCCGAGAGUCACCCUUGGUAGGAUGCCCCAGAGGGAUCCCAAGACAGGUGGCCCACACAACCCAUGCAGUGAUCUCGUUUUAUGGGGAUCUGUUUAUGGGUUCAUCUCCCUAUCUAGGGGGUAAGUUCCUCAAAGUUAAGGACUGUGCUUCAUUCUUUUCUGUACCCCCAGCACCUAUUUCAGGGCUUGGUACAUAGUAGAAACUAAAAAUAUUUGUAGGAUGAAUGAAUGAAUACCGGUAAUUUGUGGUGGAGACAGGGCUUAAAACAGUUUUUCUGUUUUAGGCUUCGAAGACUCUGCAUUUUCCACCUAGAUACCAGGGGCUGGGGGCAGGCUUGUUUGGGAUGAAAGUUUUUUCCAGCUCGGUAGUCCCCUGUUCCCUAUGGCCUUGCUGAGGCUGUUGAUGAUUCUGUAGAGGCCACAGCCCAGCCCAAGCAUCCUAGAGCCUCCCUGUGCCCACACUUAAUGUGCCUUCAGCUGGAAAACAAACCUGGGCAGGAGAGCACUCCCUGAGGUGGUGGUCAUGGUCUCUGCUCUUCCUGGACCCCCCUCUGGUGGCCCCAGACUGGUAACUAAGCUGUCCGCUCCUCCUUCCUGACUUUUGUGCUGGGCCCCCGCACCACGCUCCUGUACCUCCCUCCCUCUCCUUCCCUCCCUCUGGCCAGGAGCCUGGGACCCCAGCUGUGAGUCAACCCCAGAACAGGGUGUCCAGCCUCUUCUUCCCAUGGCCGAAGUCGCCCAUGGGGGCUCUAGCUCUCUAACCCCCCGUCUAGUCGCUGCCCCUUUGAGAACCUGCGGCCCGGGGAGGCUGAGGGCUCCAGUCUCUGCUGGGGAAACUGGACUCUGGCUGAAGCCCCCAGGCAGGGGCUGCACUGCCCCAGAGAGAAGCUGUUCUCCUGCCUGUGUCCAAGGCCGGCUCUGGGGGUGAAGGCAUCCCCGGAGAAGCGCGCUGUUCUCCACUCCGCCACCCCGCCCCAGGCGCCCGGCUCUCCAGCUGUUUUCCUCCUCUGGGCUGUGGAACCUUCUGCAGAUCCCCUCUCCUCAGGAUGAGGAAAGCAGAUGGCACUCUCCCCGCCAAGGCCCCCGAGUGUCCUCCCGCCUCUCCCAGCAGGCAUCUGGCUCUCUGCUCGCUUCUUUCUCCUGUGGCCGCCGCCCUUCUCUGCAGUGACAGGUGACGGGAGCAGGGUGCCCCCCACCCCUAGCCUCAGUCUCCGGGCUCGGGGCCUGUGUCUGGGGAGGGGAGGCUGGGUCCCCCUGGGGAGGACCCGGCCGCCCAGCAGAGGGGACACCGGGCAGGUUGGCCGGGCCCCCGGCCUGUGGCUCAGAGGCGUCUGUCUGUGGGCAGGGCCGGCUUGGAAAGUCACGGCGCACCUGCAGGACCCCUCACCUGCCUUUUCAGAGUGCUCUCCCUGCACCCCGACGGUGGCUCUCAGGCGUCCCUGGGGUCACAUUUUCAGGAAAAUGGGCGUGUGGCGCCCUCGCCCAUCAAGGCAGCAGCCGGCGCCUGGCAAGAGUCCCCUUAGGAGGAGCUUUCCCCUCAGAGCAGCGGUUCUCAGCUGCGAGUGAGAAUCACCAGAGAGCUUUAUAAAACCCCCGAUGUCCCAGCCGCACCCACACCGGUUGAAUCAGCACCGCCGAGGAGGGGCGCCGCAGCGUGGGCCUUAAAGCUCCCGGAUGGUCCAGACGGGCGGCAUUUGAGCCUCACAAGGACGCUGAAAGACAGGCUCUUCUGGGCUGCCAGCAAGCAUCAUGGUCAGAGCUGAAGCCGUACCACAACCAGAGCCACCUGGGGCCUCUCAGGGGAGUCAUGAAAAGAGGCCUCGGGUCAUGGGAAGCAAGCAGCAGAGUCUGGUAGAUGCUUCGGGGCGAGCCUGAUGAACCACCAGGGCAAACACAUCCCACUGAGUGUGACUAGUCCAGGAGGGGAGUGUGAACACUCUUGCGAUGACUCCCUGGUCACUGAUCUGAGAAACUUCUCAGGGGAUCACGUUCCAGGGACAAUCCGACUCUGUGAAGGAGCCCUCACUCAACUCCUGCCACGUUCCCCAUGGGACCUGGAGGAAAGAUGGUGGUGAUCAAGGCCUGCGUGUUCUUCUUCCUGGUCCUAGAGGUCACCUCUCUGUUGGGGAGGCAGAUGAUGCUCACUCAGUCGGUGAGAAGAGUCCAGCCUGGGAAGAGGACCUCAGGCAUCUUUGCCAAGCCUGCUGACCCCCUGGACAGUCCUGGGGAGUGGACAACGUGGUUCAACAUCGACCACCCAGGUGGGUGGGGCGACUACGAGCGGCUGGAUGCCAUUCACUUCUACUACGGGGACCGGGUGUGUCCUCGGCCCCUGCGGCUAGAGGCUUGGACCACCGACUGGAUACCCGCAGGCAGCACUGGCCAAGUGGUCCAUGGCAACCCCCUUGAGGGCUUCUGGUGCCUCAACAGGGAGCAGCGGCCUGGCCAGAACUGCUCCAAUUAUACCGUGCGCUUCCUCUGCCCGCCAGGAUCCCUGCGCCAAGACACAGAGCACAGCCUCUGGAGCCCGUGGUCUCCCUGGAGCAAGUGUUCUGCUGCUUGUGGUCACCCUGGGGUCCAGACCCGAACACGCACCUGCUUGGCGGAGACGGUGUCACUGUGCAAUGAUGCCACCGAGCAGGGUCGGCUCUGCAUGGAGCAGGCCUGUUCAGCCUGUGACCUGACCUGCCCCAUGGGCCAGGUGAAUGCUGACUGUGACGCCUGCAUGUGCCAGGACUUCGUGCUGUAUGGGGCUGUCUCCCUCCCUGGGGGUGCCCCAGCCUCAGGGGCUACUGUCUACAUCCUGACCAAAACACCUAAGCUAUUGACCCAGACGGACAGCAGCGGGAGGUUCCGAGUCCCUGGCUUGUGCCCUGAUGGCAAAAGCAUCCUGAAGAUCACAAAGACCAAGUUUGCCCCUAUCAGUCUCACAAUGCCUAAGACUAGACUGAAGGCAGCCACCAUCAAGGCGGAGUUCAUGAGGGCAGAGACUCCAUACAUUGUGAUGAACCCCAAGACAAAAGCACGGAGAGCUGGGCAGAGUGUGUCCCUGUGCUGUAAGGCCACGGGGAAGCCCAAACCAGACAAGUAUUUCUGGUACCAUAACAGCACACUGUUGGACCCCUCCCUCUACAAACACGAGAGCAAGCUGGUGCUGAGGAACCUGCAGCGGGACCAGGCCGGGGAGUACUUCUGCAAGGCCCAGAGUGACGCUGGGGCUGCAAAGUCCCAUGUCGCCCGGCUGACUGUCAUAGCCCCCGAUGAGACUCCUUGCAACCCAACCCCCGAGAGCUACCUUAUCCAGCUGCCCCAUGAUUGUUUCCAGAAUGCCACCAACUCCUUCUACUAUGAUGUGGGUCAUUGUCCUGUCAAGACCUGUGCAGGGCAGCAGGAUAAUGGGAUCAGGUGCCAGGAUGCUGUGGAUAACUGCUGUGGGAUCUCCAAAACAGAGGAGAGGGAGAUCCAGUGCAGUGGUUACACGCUGCCCACGAAGGUGGCCACGGAGUGCAGCUGCCAACGGUGUACGGAGACCCAGAGUAUCGUGCGGGGACGCGUCAGCGCCUCUGACAAUGGGGAACCCAUGCGCUUUGGCCACGUGUACAUGGGGAACAGGCGUGUGAGCAUGACUGGCUACAAGGGCACGUUCACCCUCCACGUCCCUCAGGACACUGAGAGGCUGGUGCUCACAUUUGUGGACAGGCUGCAGAAGUUUGUCAACACCACCAAAGUGCUGCCCUUCAAUAAGAAGGGGAGUGCGGUGUUCCAUGAGAUCAAGAUGCUUCGGUGGAAAGAGCCCAUCACCUUGGAGGCCAUGGAGACCAACAUUAUCCCCUUGGGGGAUAUGGCUGGUGAAGAUCCUGUGGCUGAGCUGGAGAUCCCAUCCAAGAGUUUCUACCGGCAGAACGGGGAGCCCUACACAGGAAAAGUAAAGGCCAGUGUGACCUUCCUGGACCCCCGGAAUAUUUCCACAGCUACUGCUGCCCAGAGUGACCUGAACUUCAUCAAUGAUGAAGGAGACAUCUUCCCCCUUCGGACAUACGGCAUGUUCUCUGUGGACUUCACAGAUGAGGCCACCUCAGAGUCACUUAAUGUUGGCAAGGUGAAGGUCCACCUCGACUCAACCCAGGUCAAGAUGCCAGAGCACUUGCCCAUGAUGAAACUCUGGUCACUCAACCCAGGCACAGGGCUGUGGGAGGAGGAAGGUGACUUCAAAUUUGAAAGCCAAAGGCGGAACAGAAGGGAGGACAGGACCUUCCUGGUGGGCAACAUGGAGAUCCGUGAGAGGAGGCUAUUUAACCUGGAUGUCCCUGAAAGCAGGAGGUGCUUCAUCAAGGUGAGGGCCUACCGAAGUCAGAGGUUCUUGCCCAGUGAGCAGAUGCAGGGUGUCGUGGUCUCUGUGAUCAACCUGGAGCCCAGGACUGGCUUCUCCUCCAACCCCAGGGCCUGGGGCCGCUUUGACAGUGUCAUCACUGGCCCCAAUGGGGCCUGUCUGCCUGCCUUCUGCGAUGACCAGUCCCCUGAUGCUUACUCUGCCUACGUCUUAGCCAGCCUGGCUGGGGAAGAACUGGAAGCAGUGGAGUCUUCUCCUAAAUUCAACCCAAAUGCAAUUGGUGUCCCUCAGCCCUACCUCAACAAGCUCAAGUACCGCCGGACAGACCAUGAGGACCCACAGGUCAAGAAGACAGCUUUCCAGAUCAGCAUGGCCAAGCCAAGGCCCAACUCAGCUGAGGAGAGCAAUGGACCCAUCUAUGCAUUUGAGAACCUCCAGGCAUGCGAGGAAGUACCUCCCAGUGCGCCCCACUUCCGGUUCUACCAGAUUGAGGGGGAUCGAUAUGACUACAACACGGUCCCUUUCAACGAGGAUGACCCCAUGAGCUGGACUGAAGACUACCUGGCAUGGUGGCCCAAGCCAAUGGAGUUCAGGGCCUGCUAUAUCAAGGUGAAGAUCAUGGGGCCACUGGAGGUGAACGUGCGAUCCCGUAACAUGGGGGGCACCCACCGGCAGACAGUAGGAAAGCUGUACGGAAUCCGGGAUGUGAAGAGCACGCGGGACAGGGACCAGCCCAAUGUCUCAGCUGCCUGUUUGGAGUUCAAGUGCAGUGGGAUGCUCUAUGACCAGGACCGUGUAGACCGCACGCUGGUGAAGGUUAUCCCCCAGGGCAGCUGCCAUCGAGUCAGCGUAAACUCCAUGCUGCAUGAGUACCUGGUCAACCACCUACCACUGCCGGUCAACAACGACACCAGUGAGUACACCAUGCUGGCGCCUUUGGACCCACUGGGCCACAACUAUGGCAUCUACACUGUCACUGACCAGGACCCUCGCACGGCCAAGGAGAUCGCACUUGGCCGGUGCUUUGAUGGCACAUCUGAUGGCUCCUCCAGAGUCAUGAAGAGCCAUGUGGGAGUGGCCCUGACCUUUAACUGCAUAGAGAGGCAGGUGGGCCGUCAGAGUGCCUUCCAGUACCUCCAAAGCAUCCCAGCCUGGCCCUCCCCCGCAAGCAGUGUCAGGGGAAGAGCGCCCUCAAGGAGGCAGCGGGCAAGUCAGGGUGGCCAGCGCUGGCGCAGAGGGGUGGCCUCUCUGAGGGUUUCUGGGGUUGCUCAGCAGCCUCUGAGCAACUAAGGCUUGUGGUACUUCCCUUCUCCCCACAGCCAUUGUGAGACUGAUGCCCAAACUGUCACUCGGUUAAUUUAAGCCCAUCUGUUCUGGUGCAACUUGCUCGUUUGUUUCUUCAUUCCCUUACUUACUGUCUUUGUCCCGUGAUACUGAUUGGCAUGGAGCCCCCAGAAUGUCAAAAUGAAGCCUCUUUGCCCUGUUCUUUACAAGAAACACAGGAAAUUGGCCACGGGCAAACUCUGUGGCUUUGAGCAUUCUUCAUUUAGUGCCAUACAUGGAAAUGUCCUUCAUUUUCUUUUUUGCAUGGUUUUGCCCACCUCUACAAUAAUGAUAAUCUGAUGUUGAAGAUCAAAUAACCAAUAUGAAACAUAUUUCUUGGCCUUGCUCCACAGGAUGUAAGCAAGGCCUCCAUCACAGUUCAUACAUAUAAAAGGUGGUAAAAUAUUUUUACUUGAAUUGUAAAUAACAUUUAUUUCUUUGCUGAAUCUGGAACUCUAGUGCACGUUCAGUGUUACACUGUUGAGUAUAGGGUAAUCAUAGUUCCUCUACCAAGUCUGGAAAAAACAUCUGGUAUCCACAACUGCCCUAGGUUGCUAAUUAUAUUAGCGUGUUUCCCUUUAUAUUUGCUUUUGUUCUUUCUAGAAGCCCAGUGUGGCCCAGAACAGAUGUCAAUAAAUGCACAUUUUGUACUUGA